UAUGAGUAAUACAUUAUAAUCAUAUGAAAAUACCUGUCAUCAAUAUGAAUAAGAUCAGAUAUAGUUUAAGAGAAGAAAGGACAUGAACCUUAAAGAUGAGUAUUCCAUUAAAGAAAAGUAAAGGGGACUCAUUGAUUUUGAUGAAACAAGCUAAAAAGAAAAUUAAACGUAUAAAGCAUUCAGUUUUAGAUAGAUAAAUGUCAUAGAUGAAAAAAAACUAGACGAAGUAUAUUGUAAAGAUGCAAAAUUUGAAUCUAAUUAAUAGUUAUGAUCAUAAUGUAAGAGUUUUAGAUCUUUCAAAUUCCAAAAUGAAUUCUUUACAUGAAGGAAUCAAACAAUACAUUCGUUUAUCAAUUAUCAAUUUAGCCAAUAAUCUCUUCCAAGAAGUACCAAGUUGUCUAUUUGAAUUAUCUCUAUCACAUAUCAAUCUUAACAAUAAUCUAUUAAAAAGUCUCAAAUUGGGGGAUAAAUGGAAAACAUCACUAGAGAGAUUGGAUGUUGGCAAAAAUCAUAUUCGUAUAUUACCAGAUGAAUUAUUUCAAAUGGAACAACUUAAAAUUGUUGAUUUAAGAAGCAAUGAUUUCACAAAAAUACCAAAAACAAUACUAAAUUUAGAGAAGUAACUUAAAGGAUUAGGUUUAGAUUGGAUUAAAUAUACUAAUCAAAACUACUAUUCAUCCAGUAAUAUAUAUAUUUUUAUUAUAAAAUUAGAGAAAGAUAUGAUGAUAACAGAUGAUCUCUAAAGAUUUUGGGAUUAAAUAAAUCAACUUCUCAAGGAUAAUGAAUUUAUCAUUUGUCAUGAUUAUUUGAUAUUCAAUCAAAAAUAUCAUGAUGAUUAAAUUCAAGAUUCUAUUACUGUACAAAUCCCAAAAUAGUCCAACAUUACUAGAGCAACUUAGAGAAAUACUGAAUUAACCCUUUAAGAAUUGACUAGUAGUUCUUAAUUCAUGUAGACUAAAACCCUUGGAUAGGAAGCUGAUAUAUCUGACAAUGGAUCAAAUCUAAUGCAUAUUGCAGUUGAGAAUGAAGAUAUUGGAAUUGUGAGAGCUCUUCUUAAUAUAAGAUUUGAAUUAUCUUCAUAAUUAGAUGAUAGUUCUCAUACACCACUUUCAUUAGCUAUCAAAGAAGAAAAAUAUCAUUGUGCAAAAAUAAUAAUAAAUGCAUCUACAAAUUUAAAUAUAGGAGGGUAUUUUAUCUCAUUUAUUUAAAAAGAGGAGAAUACAAUAGUAUUCUAAAUUAAGCUGUGAGUAAAAUGUAAUACUACUUAAUCAGAGAUAUUUUAAAUGCAAAAGUCUAAAUUAACAAGUAAGAUAAAAAAGGUAAUGGACCUAUACAUAAUUUGAUUCCAUCUUUUAAAAAGAAUCUACAAGAAGCCACAAAAAUAGGUCAUUUAUUAAUCGAAAGAGGUGCAGACCCUAAUUUAAGGAAUAUAAAUAAUAAUACACCUUUACAUUUGGCAAUCAAAAAGUCUUCAUAUUCUGCAUUACGUUUUGCUAUAUCAAUUAAUGAGUAAUAUUAACGAGAUGUUUUUUCAUUCAAAUUACUUGGACAUAAAGGCAAUUCAGGUAUUUAUAUUAAUAUUAUAUAGUGAUGCAUUUUGCUGCUAAAAGUGAAAAUAUAAAAAUUAUUUUAUAACUUUACUCUAUCAAUCCUUACUUAUUAUUUACUUAUAAUGAAGAAUAAAAAAGACCUUUUGAUAUUAUUCAAAAGAAUUAUACUCUAAGCAAAUUAAUAUCAGUUUUAGAAUUAAUCUUUAUAAGAAAUAAUAUUAUUAAAUAACAUUUAGACUCAUAAAGUUAAUCUACUAUGUAGCCUAUAAAGAAAGAAGAAAAAGAUUAAAUCAAAAAGAAGGAAUAAACUAUUGAAUAUUCAAAGAAAAAUAGUUUUGAUUUAAUUGAAUCUGAUGAAGAAGGUACUAAUAGAAUUGGACUUAAUAAUUUUCAAAUAUUACCUAAUUUAAAAAGACAAUAGUCAUAACCACCUAAAAGACCAAGUAUAAAGAAUGAGAAUAAGGUAUCUUGUGAGAAUGUUGGACCCAUAUUUAUUCAUAAAUCUAUCUAAUAGGAUAGAAAUGAUAUAAAACAAAUAGAAUUGUAGAAUUAGUAAAACAAUAGUAAAUAUAAUAAAAAUAAAUUUAUAAAUAAGUAGAUCCAUAAAUUAUUAAAGAAUAUAGAAAAUAUUCAAACUUUAAUGUAGACUUAAUAAGAUUAGUAUUCUUAAAUUGCUUUAGAAAAAAUAUUUAAUGCUUAAAUUCAAUAAUUAAAUUAUUUCAAGGAGGAUCCUCUCACAAAUUUAAUGAUUCAAAAUGCUACUUAAUUAUAGAAACUUGAGUUUGAAUCUAGGCAAACAGCUAGCCUUUCUUAUGAUACUUCUCCGUUAUUCUUAGAAUAUGAAUAAUUUAUGAAGCUAUGAGU